CUUCUCCCCACAGCAAGCGGCAGACACAGCAGCUGGCGUGCAGGCAGCAGCGCUUGUAUGCCUGCUCUUCCUCUGGGCGCCCCUUGUCGCCGGCAUUCCCCCUCACCUACAGCACCUCUCACACCUCCUCUCCUCUCCCAAUUGCCACCCGUCCUUUCGACUCCCCUUGUCACUCCUCUCCUUGCUCCCCUCCUUCCUCCUACCCACGACCCCCUCACACUGCCUUCUCCUCUGGCUCUCCACUGCCCUUACCUCACUAGUCCUGUCCAUGUCCCUCUGGUGGAGGGUCAUCUGCCCGUCCGUCGCUCAUACCAUCUGCUCUCUAAUCUCCACCCCUUCACCACAUCUCACAGCCGCGUACUCCUCACAGCAACACCCUGCUCCUCCCACCACUGCCACAUCCUCAUGCUCCUCCUUCUCGCCUUCCUCCUCCUCCCCGUCCACAUUCUGGUUGAUGGUUCGAGCCCUGAGCCUUGGCAUUGUGGGGGUGACCAUAGUCUCUGCCAGCUGUAGCAACUUCGCCGUUGCGUGCCUCUUUGCCGUGGUCCUUUUCUUCCUCUGCAGUCUGAUUUCCACGUGCCCCAGCACCCUCCCCAGCCCACCAGCACUCACCAUCCUCAUUCAACAGAGAGGGGAAACUGACACCCCUGAUAGCCCUGCCGCUAAUGAUAUUCCUCAGCGCACUCGUCCCUCCGGGUAUUUCCGCAUGGCUUUGCUGGUGGCAGCAGCUGCUGUCACUGUAGCAGCGGUCGCUGCUGGUGUUUCCAUGAGCCGCCGCCCGGCCUCGCAACCCGAUACAACGGCAACGGAAUCAGGUUUUGGACGUGUGUGGGGGCUGGAAGGUGCGAAGGGGUUCUGGUUGUGGGUGGUGGACAGUGCAGUGCAAGGAACUGCUCUCUAUGGCAUGACAUUCCGCACGUUUCUGCCUGUGGUGGUCGUUGUCAUAGCUAAUCUCGCUGCUGCUUUUGUGCACUUGGUUGCAUCCCUCCCAUAACAUGCAUCAUGUUGCACCAUGGGGGUUGAGGGGUGGUUUCACUCGUCGUGCAUCUGCUUGCUUUUGAGUCGACUCAAAAGCAGACUCAUUACACGAGGUGCAUAACAUGCAUCAUGUUUCAUCGUUGUGGGGUGGUUUCACUCGUCGUGCAUCUGCUUGGCUUUAGUCAUGCAGGCUAGCAUUGUGCUGGUCUUAGGUGGAUGUCAAGGGGUUCUGCCUAGUACAAUACUGAAUUACCUGUGAAGUGUCGAAGAAUGCGGACAUACCGUAGUAUGUGUAAUUGGUAAAAGUGUGUUUAAAAAUAAUAGUA